UUCCCAGCGCGCACUGCCUUAGCAACCGCGGAGUGAGACCGAGGCGCGGCCGGGUGAGAGGUCAGUGGAGUGACACCGGCAGCUGGGACUGUGCUGCGGCUCGGACUCACCGGCUACAGAUUUGCAGCAUAAAAAAGGAGCUUUCAAACUGGUACAAGGAAGCGUAAACUUUAUUUUUUAUUUUUCUCUAGAAUUCACCAAAGAUGUCUGCCAAAACUACCAGCACGAAUAACAUCGCUCAGGCACGGCGAACUGUUCAGCAACUUAAAGUGGAGGCCUCUAUAGAAAGAAUAAAGGUUUCCAAAGCAUCAGCUGAUCUAAUGCGCUAUUGCGAUGAACAUGCCAAGAAUGACCCCCUGCUUGUGGGAAUCCCUGCUUCAGAAAACCCUUUCAAGGAUAAAAAGCCGUGCAUUAUAUUGUAGGGGCCCCUACUAGCGAACACCUUCUCUCCAAUCUCCCUCCAUCAGAUCCUUACUACGAUUAUUUCAAGGGUUUCUGCUUUCCACUAAAGAGAAAAAAAGGAAAAAAUUUAGGGAAAAAAAACAAACUUUUAAUCUGUAACAAUGAUUCUUUUUCUAUUUUAUUUUCUUUAUAACUUUCUUACUCAUGGGAACAGUCUUUUUAUUACUUAUGAAAAAAAGAUACUAAGGUAUUGAGGAUGUUAUAUGUAUUAUUAUUUUUUAAUGUGCAGUGUCUACUCAUCCAGUCAAAGUAUUUUUAGUGAAAAUCAAGACCAAAGUUGCCUCUCCUUGGCCUCCAAGCAUGGCAUUGUUAGUGCAAUUAGAAAACCCGUACCCCAAUUUAAUGAUCCAUUGUCUCCCCCAAUGCCCUUCAUAAUUCAUUCCAGACCGAUUUGGCCCUGUAGGUUUUAUUGUACAUAUUUUUCUCUAUUAACCAGUGUUGGGGCCAUAUAUCGCUGAAUAACACUACAGGUCGCCUUGUAAGCCACGGCCAGAAUUUUGAUUGAGCUGUCCUAAUCUCACGCAGCGAUACAGGAUUGUGUAACACCUUUGCACUACAAACUCACAUCACAUAUUACAUGGCAACAUAUGGCACAUCUCUAUGGCACUUGUCUUUCCUAACCCAUAUUGCACAUUCUGUAUAUUACUCUUGGGCUAGACAAAACCCACAGGAUGGUGUCUGGCCAUUGAUGUAACUCCAGACUACAACUGAAACAAGGACCAUCCCAGAGGUUUUAUUUUGUGGGUUUUGAGGUAAAAUCAGAUCAGGCUGUGUUUUGGUCAAGGAGCCUAUCCCUAAGGUCCGAGGAUAUUCCAGUGCAGAUGGAAUGUAGCCUAGUCAUCAGGCUUUUUAAACACCAUAGGCCCAGACUAUAAGAGUUGUUGGCAUCCAUAUACACGAUUCUGACAUUCCCUGAUCUAUAACUGUAUAAACGUUAUGGUACAAAUUUCCACUUAAUGACCAAGCAGUGUAAUUCAUCUUCUAAUGUGCUUGGACUUAAGGUCUCAGCAGAUGAGUAGUUUUCCUGUAAGCUAUAUAUUGGGGAUAGCAGGCAAAUGGCUCUACUACAAGCUGUAUAUUGGGUAUAGCAGACAGAUAGCCCUACUACAAGCUGUAUAUUGGGUAUAGCAGACAGAUAGCCCUACUACAAGCUGUAUAUUGGGGAUAGCAGACAGAUAGCCCUACUACAAGCUGUAUAUUGGGUAUAGCAGGCGGGUGGCUCUACUACAAGCUGUAUAUUGAGUAUAGCAGACAGCCCUACUACAAGCUGUAUAUUGGGUAUAGCAGACAGCCCUACUACAAGCUGUAUAUUGGGUAUAGCAGACAGAUAGCCCUACAACAAGCUGUAUAUUGGGGAUAGCAGGCGGGUGGCUCUACUACAAGCUGUAUAUUGGGUAUAGCAGACAGAUAGCCCUACUACAAGCUGUAUAUUGGGUAUAGCAGACAGAUAGCCCUACUACAAGCUGUAUAUUGGGUAUAGCAGACAGCCCUACUACAAGCUGUAU